AUGUUUGUGUACUUCUUUCUCGACCUGCCUAUUCUUACUAGUAGUGAUAGGCAGCACGUUACUAGCCGCCACCUCCCCACCUCGCCUCCGCGCCUCUUCGCGGGAGCGCCACCUCGCCUCCUCGCCUCCACGCCAAGUUUCCACCCCGCCAGCACGCCACCGCACCAGGGUGCCCUUCCCCACUUUUACUUUCCCACCCGUUCCUCUUCCCCCACCCCAUCACCCUACUUUCCCGCCAAUCCCUCUCUCCGCCGCCUUCGAGUUCGGCACCACAUCACGCUUCCUCCUCCCCCUCUCACUCAGCGUCACCGCAAAAACUCCUUCUCUCCUUCCCCUCCCCAGCCCUCCAUGCCUGCAGUCUCACUCUCACCUGACCCUCUCGACACCACCACACUCAUCCUCCUCUUUCAAUACCCACCACACCACUCAGCACGAGCAGCUGCAGCCCCGACCCUCGCAUCCUCGCCACCACGCCUCCUUGCCUCUAUGCCUCCUCGCCUCUCUGCCUCCUCGCCUCUCUGCCUCCUCGCCUCUCUGCCUCCUCGCCUCUCUGCCUCCUCGCCUCUCUGCCUCCUCGCCUCUCUACUCUCACUCCUCUACUCUCACCCCUCUACUCUCACCCCUCUACUCUCACCCCUCUACUCUCACCCCUCUACUCUCACGCCUCUACUCUCACGCCUCUACUCUCACGCCUCUACUCUCACCCCUCUACUCUCACGCCUCUACUCUCACCCCUCUACUCUCACCCCUCUACUCUCACCCCUCUACUCUCACCCCUCUACUCUCACCCCUCUACUCUCACGCCUCUACUCUCACGCCUCUACUCUCACGCCUCUACUCUCACCCCUCUACUCUCACCCCUCUACUCUCACCCCUCUACUCUCACCCCUCUACUCUCGCCCCUCUACUCUCACGCCUCUACUCUCACCCCUCUACUCUCACCCCUCUACUCUCACCCCUCUACUCUCACGCCUCUACUCUCACGCCUCUACUCUCACCCCUCUACUCUCACGCCUCUACUCUCACCCCUCUACUCUCACCCCUCUACUCUCACCCCUCUACUCUCACCCCUCUACUCUCACGCCUCUACUCUCACGCCUCUACUCUCACCCCUCUACUCUCAUGCCUCUACUCUCACCCCUCUACUCUUGCCGGUCGCUCUCAUCUGUGACCUCACCUCUUCCUCAUCACUCUCCCAUCCUUACUGCAGGGAACCAUGUGCUGUCAUGUCCCAUGUGUCAAUGCUCAUGCUCCCCAUCUUCACUCCUCACCUCACAUCCUCGCAAUCAUGCCCGCUGUGCCCUCCAUACCACAGGUGCCGCCUGUCAUCAACAACCUCACAUCGCCAUCUGGCAUGCACAUGCGGGUGGGUAUGGGUGUGCGCUCUUCCUCCCCUCUCUCCCCACUUCAUCCCCUAAUUCCUCUCUUCCACGCCUUGGCGCUCCCAAUCUGCCCUCUCACUUCUCAUUCCAUCCUCUCUCCUCCCUGCCCUCCAAUUUCCUCAAGGCAACCAUUCUCUCCUCUCUGUUCUGCCUCUUUCACCCGUGCCCUCGAUUCUCCUCAAUGGCGGCAGGCACACGGCCAAUUGCCCCACACUUUGCUGCCCCACACUUCUCUGCCCCACGCUCUGCUGCCCCACUCUCUCCUGCCCCACGCUCUGCUGCCCCACUCUCUCCUGCCCCACUAUCUGCUGCUCCACACUAUUAUGCUGCACCGUGCCCUUCUGCCAUGCACUCUGUUGCCCAACGCUCUGCUGCCCCACCCUCUGCUGCCCCACCCAUUGCCCCCACUCCAUCUUCGUUCAUCAUCGCGUGUUGA